ACCGAUACAUGAGUGAGGGAAGAGUACGUCGCUGCUAUCUCAGGUUUUAGGACUUGAGAUUUGUCCCUAGUGCUUUAAUAGACUUUAACCAAUUUAGUGAUCAAAAUGUUGCCACAAAGCGUAACAGAUCGUUCCACAUCGCCCACCACGACUCAGGGAGUAAUAUUUGGAUCUCAACUCGUCCAAGCCAACUCCAGAACACCUUACAGCGAUGCUACACAGACGAAGAAGCACAAUCCAAACCACGUGAAGCGGCCAAUGAACGCCUUCAUGGUUUGGUCACAGAUGGAGCGGCGAGAAAUCGUCAAGUUCGCCCCCGACAUGCACAACGCCGAGAUCUCCAAGCAGCUGGGCAAGCGGUGGAAGAACCUGACGGAGGACCAGCGACAACCCUACAUCCAGGAGGCGGAGAGACUACGGCUGUUGCACAUGCAGGAAUAUCCAGACUAUAAAUACCGACCCCGCAAGAAGACAAAAUCCGGGAACUCAAAGUCAGUUGAGAAGGGGCGGGUGUCCAAGGCCAAGGACAAGACCAGUACCAGCAUCAACGCCAUCAAGGGGGUCAAGCUCACCGCCGACCCCUCUAGGGCGCAGGUCACCACCGGCCUCUCAUCUAUAAACCACAACAAGCUCAAACUCAAGCUCAAAAUCGACAAAAAGUUCAAGGACUCGAUCCGGAACACGAACACCAUGUACGUGCCCAUCGCCCAGUGCACGUCCCCGGCCGAGGUUCCCGCCACGCCCAACGAGAUGCCGGCCUCGCCCGAGAGCGCCUCACUAUACGACAACCACGUGACCACAUCCUCCAGCAGGAGCAGCAGCCGCUCAGCCUCCACCAGCCCCGCCCCCGGCAAGGAGCCCUUCCUUUACGGCCUCUACACCAUCGAGAGCGCACCUGGCCUUACCUCCCUCCGGCCAGAGGCUCUCGUGUCAUCCACCACCGUCACCACCACAGACGACGAUGACGACGACGACGAUGAUGACGAUGACGAGAAGGAUGAUUUGAAGGAGGACAUUCUGAUGUAUAGUCGAAAACGCCACGCGGUGCGCGACGAAGUGUUUGCUCCUCGACCGGUCCCUCCAACCUCCCUCUCCAGUUCACGCGCGGCCGACCCUCCGCCCAUCAAGAUGGAGCCGCUCGACAUCAAGCAGGAGCCGCCGACGGAGUCCGCGCUAGCCGACCUGGACUCCCUUACGGACCUGCUCCAGAUCCCCUCCGACUUCAAGGUCGAAGUCGACGAAAUCAACUCUGAUCUCGACUUCGACGCGGUGUCCACUUCAUCAGGGUCGCACUUCGAGUUUUCUGACGUGUCGGACAUGCUGAGUGAUAUUGGUGUGAGCAACGACUGUUGGGCUGAUAUCGGCAUCAUCAACUGAUAACCCCGCGGCAUGCGACCCGCACAGUGCCGCCGCCGCGCCCUGUGGUGCCAAGCGCACGAUUCAGCGACAAAGACUUCCACUCGAAGUUGUGGGGUCGAGGAAAGCAGUGCGUGAUCUAGUGUAGUGAUGUACUUCAUGAUUCUCCGUGUAAUUCUUCAUGUUAUUACAUAUAUUACUUAUAGGAAUCAUGAGAUAUGUGGUGGAUUGACCUCUCAUUUCAGUGUAUUCGAAAUAUAGUCAUACAAACGCUCUAGGAACAGACACCACUAUAGUGUUGAAAAGUGCCAGUUUCACAGGUGGUCAAGUAAUACAAACAAUAAGUUCACCUGUGUAACAACACGCUCCCAGAGGAUGUAAUGUUAAGUGCAUUUUUUUUUUCAUCUCACGAGCUGUUUUGUUACGUUGUCAUCCCAUCACCAGUGACUGCAAGCAUCACUCAUUUCAUCGUUAUUUUUCAUCAUACAUAAAUGAAACAUUUUUUCUAAAGCCAAAAGCCACAAACCUCCAAAGCCACGAACCCACAGCAAGUACCACUGAACCUGAGGUGGCGCCAGAACCAUUGCCAUUAAGUUUGAGUUUGAGACGUUGAAGAAGCAUGAAGAAGGAAGAACCACUUUCCGAAGAGCCAUGGAACGGAUCCCUCUCAAGUGUGCAUUUAGUGGUCCGUCACCUCUUCGCUGAUCUACUCUUGAGAGGUUUGUCUUGAUUUCCUCGAGUAGUGAGACUGGGACUGUCGACCGUCAGAGUUACUGAUCCACAUACACAACACACGCGCGAUUUGUUCAAUGCUUGGGCGAGUUCACUUGAAUGGAUGAAAAGAAUGGGUAAUGGAGUGCUUGAGGACCCUGGAACUCCAUGGUAUCAGAGCCUCAGUGUUAUAAUGUUAAGUUCUGGUCGUUCUCCUCACCAGUAAAUUAUUUCAAGUCAGGAAUUACCUCCAACGUAAUUGGGUCCACCUACAAACACCCUUCCCCACCCCACCCCCCUGUCUCUAGUCUGUAUGUUCAGGUUACUCCGGAGCAAAAACUAAUAAAAACAAUGUAUUUUAAUCAGUCGGCGAAGUUUUCCACAACGCAUCCCAAUGGGCAUUUAGUCUGCAACGCGUGUACACAGAUGACGCAGGACGCACACGGCCUGGACAAGGAGCUGUUGUUGACACUAGCUUGUAAGUCCAAAACAAAACAAAAAACUAAUAAAUAAAUACACGACAGUGGAGUCAAAGGUGUCUCGCUUUGAUAUAUUCUGAUUCUCCGUUUUCGGAUCUCAUGUUUUAUAUUAAUAUUUAUUUUCACUGACGAGUUCGCCAACCUCUCUUGAUAUAUAUAUAUAUAUAUAUAUAUAUAUAUAUAUAUAUAUAUAUAUAUAUAUAUAUAUAUAUAUAUAUAUAUAUAUAUAUAUAUAUAUAUGCGUUAUAUAAGCAUAUUCUUGUCACUUGAGGCCAAGAACGGGAUAUUUUUAAGGAGGGUAACGUUUCUUUGCCGAGGGAAGUGUUGAGAGCAAAACGGCAGACUCAGAAGUGUUACAACCGAGGCUCCUUGGCCCUGUCUUCGUCGUCCCAGCGCUCUCCGAAAAACAGGUUCCACCCACUAAACCACCCGGUUUCAUAUAUAUCUAUAUAAACAGUAUAUAUGAAUAUAUAGUGUAAUGGACAUUUUGUACUAGUAUUAAUGCAGAUAUCCGUGCUCUAUGGCGCGAAGCAUGGAAGGCGACACUAAAACUGGGUCGUUCUCUACGAUUGGUUGGCGAGUUGAAGGGCGUCGACCAGACAGUACAUUCAUUGGUCGAGUCGUUGGCCAAUCACAGAGUGUAAGACGGGACCAAGUGCGGGUAGACGACUUCCAUCGCCUCGGGUCGCGGCGUUCGGGUUAUACCAUAGACUGCCGAUCGUCGGAUACACACAUUACAUUACACAUUAUACCCUCUGUCUUUCCUAAGUAAGUAAUGAAAAAAAUCAGCAGGUACGUCUCGUCACUCACUAACCCGAGUGUGGCUGGGCUUAACAGGUCUCGGGAGGGGACCUCGUCCUCUUUAUUUUUCCUUUUUUGUUUAGGUUCAAUUGCUAUUUCGAUGUCGUACCAUUUGAUUUCGUUUUAUAUGAUUUUCUGUAUGUACGUAUGUAUGGUUUUCUUGUUUACUGAAGAUGCACCGUGAGUGUGGUCCCGCCGACUUGCUAAUCCCUCUCACACCAUUGUCUCGGCAUUAUCUCUCACUCAUGUCUUAGUAUCAUUAGGGCAAACGUUCUACAUACUGUUAGCUGCGCUCUGGAAAUGGCUUGGUGUUUUCAUGUCAGAAGCUGAAUGGCAGUAUAAGUAAAAGUAUAUACAUAUAUAUAAACAUAUACUACUGAUGUGAUUUUCUAAUUGAAUCUUCUUAACAAUUUUCGACCCUAAAAUCUUCCUUCCCUCCCUCCCUCCCUCCCUCCUGUUUCAUUCCUCAUGGUAGCCAGCCACUCGUGCUUUUAUAGAUCUUGGUUUCUGCCUCCCUCUUCUCCUUCCUCCGUAUAACCAAACUCAGAAGUGUAUGGUGAGCUACGCUGUAAGCCAAGAUUGACAAGUUUCGCCUGUGAAAUGCACCCCUGUACUCCCCUUUUAAUAGGAAAGAAGUAAUGAUAUGCUUACUCUCAUACCACCCUUGCCCCUGUCUGUCCAUAUAAAUUGAUUUUUUUCUUUUUUUUUUCUUUUUUUUUUUUACCUAUAUACUAAAGAAGUUGAUUUGCUGGAUGUAUUUAAAGUUUGGAUAUAUCUUGUGUGAAGUAGAACGGAAAUGUUUUGUGUGACGACUGAGUGUACGUAUCGGUACUUGGUGGGGGUGGCCGGGGCCUGUCUGGAGACGCAUUCCUUUGACUGAAUGAUUGUUGAAUAUUUUGUACUAAAGGAACGCGUUUUGGGAUCCCCCGCGCCCCCCGCACCGGUUUCUAGACACCGCAUAUAAAGGUUCUGGAUGCCGUUUCUCGAGAGGCGAAAGGUACCGAUACCACAGAAUGUUUCUCGAAGUCCGUCAAAGGGGCCUCACCUCUCCGUGGCUCGGCUCAGGAGGUGCCUUUCACGGACCUUAGAUGCUAUUUGCUGGUUAUUGAUACCGCUUAACUUACGUGAUUAGAGCAAUAAGGAGUAUUUUGUAGGUGUUUUACAAUUUAUUCCUUUAUACAUAUAAUGUUUAUAUAUCAUGUGAACGAAAGAAACCGGGGAAAGAGGAUUUCCGAUGUUAGUAACAAUGUACUGUAAGGCUCCAUGUUCUUUGAUACACUUUGGCACGAUUGUAUACACGCUUGUGCAAGCAGGAGUGGAUCUCCCUACGUACAUGUUGGCUCCACGUUGUUGACCAGGUGGAGUUUGUCUCCUUGUUUGUUGAAUAUCUUGUAAUGGGAAACCAGCAACUACAUCUAGUUACACUUUUUGGCACGAAUAUUACCAUGACUGUGUCUGGAGUGGAUCUCCUUUAUAGUAAUAAUCAAUAUUGGUGGUCAGAUGUAAGAGUUUUCGAAUCAGGGAAACUGGAUGGAGUGCGCCUUCAAGCAACACACGAUGGUACUGAGUUGUCUCGAAUUCAGUUCGUCCCUUUUUUUAGAGUUUCUGAUCUCCCAGCCACAAUCAACUUCCCCACAUAACAGUUAUUGUGUCUCCUAGCUGUUACUGGAAUCUCCUAGAAAAUUCACAGGAUCCUGGAAUUCCUAAGAGCUCCUGGCAUGCACUAGAACACCUGCGACUGGCUAGAUGCCUCGCAUAAUCAGGUGCUGGAACAUUCUUGUUUAUUGCAAGGAGCUCCUAGUAGUUACUGGAGCCUUUUGUAUGCUGCUGGUCGCUCCUGAAGGAACCCAUGGAGUUGGUACUUUUGUCUGUAGGAGCCUCCAGCAGCUCCUCUUUGUUGCCAGGAGACCGUAGGAGUCCCCCUUGGCAUCCUACUGUACCUAUGUGUUUGUUGUCAAGAGCUUCUGCCGAUUCAUGAAGCCAGUUGAUGUUAGAAGUUUCUAGCGGUUUUACGGGAUUACUGCACGCUUCACUGUUACUUGGGGCUGUUCUUUGCCGCUACCGAACAGCUGUGCACUUGGCCUGCGACCCGCCUAUCCCCUUUGUCAUCGCCGGGCGAUCUCAGUGUUGCCAUAUCAUCACCUUGCGAUCAAGUCAUCUUUCCAGAAUUUGUUCUUGUGGGGUGUUUCGCUUCUCGCAGCCAGUCGGCCAUACCUACAACUAGACGGCUGAAGCCAUGGCGGGCAGCCGUUCCCUCCCUUUUUUAUUGUUUUUUGUACUUCCAGUUGUCCUUGGAAGCCUCUCGUUGGGCGUGUCUGCCUGGAAACUUCUAGCAGUGGUGGCAACAAGAUUUAUCUCAGCCACGGGGAGCUUCUGGCGACCACCGGAAGUUUCUCGUAAGCGUCUCCUAGCAGUCAAGGGAUGUUAUUUUUGUCAAUACUAGGAGCUCCUAGCAAUUAGGACCCGUAGCCAACUAGCCGGCAGAAUAUUGCCGCGUCUUCCUGAAAGAGUACAAUGAUCGUGACCGUGAGAGAGCGGCUCGUGAGGACCUGGGUGGCGCCUCCCGAGUUGACCCCACCUCAGGAUUUCUCGACGUUUUGUUAUUUUUUUACUGCACCUGGGUUUUGAAGGGUUUACGAGGGAUAGAUAAGUAUUUAAUUUUGUUAAAGAUAAGACCGCUUCAGUCCAUUAUCCUACCGAAGUGAAAGAAGUGUUAAGGUUUUAUUUUAUAUAUUUUGUAAACAGUUGUUUUGAGCUGAUUAACCCGUUGCAGCCCCGGCGCCGCCCCGACCACGUGUCUGUCUCACUCAUCACGUUUAGCUGUGAAUUAUCAAUAUUUUUUUACUAUGGUCAUUCUUUGCUAUUACUUGAGUUUUCAAGGGUUGUUUGUUUUUGGGAAUGCCACCCAGGUGUUACGAACUGGUCGCCUGGUCACCUGCCCUCCCCCUCCCGCACUCACCUCCCAGAGUCAUUUAUCAAUAUUUACUUGAGCCAUUCCAGUUACUUUUUGCAAAUCAAAUGUCAGGUGACACUGGCUGAAUUUGUUUUAUUUUAUUGUUUCAAAUUGAGUAUUCGACGACAUUUGAGAAUGAACAAACAUGUGGAAGUGACUUACUUUUCUAUUUCUGUUGUGAUCGAGGCCAGCCGUCAGCCAGCUGCUAAAUUGUUAGUCUGGGCGACAAACAUUAUUAAGAUAACUUAAACCAGGCAUCACUUGAGCCAAUCGCUUCCCUGAAAUUGGAUGAACAAUUGAGUUUCAGUGUUCCCCUGCUGGCCAGCUGGCGUCGCCCAUGAGGGGAAUAUAAAUAACAAAGAUACAUAUGGACUAUAUAUUUACACGGUCGGUCACCUAGGGAUUACAUGGAGCUAAUUGUGACAUGAUCAAUUACCUCUUUUUUAUAUGCUGUUAUCAGUUAUAAUUAGAUAGGAAUUCCAGGUGUUGUGUUAUCAUUAAAGGUAAUAUUGGGAUAUUUAUAUAUAAAAGUUGAAAAUUAUGUAUGUGUGGUAGAUGAGUAGCUGAGUACAACCUAUGGUUAUGUCGCUACUUUGUUCUACGCCGCUAAAAAAAAGUAUAUAUAUCAAACAAAAAAAUAGACGUAAUAAUAAUCAUAAAUAUUUUGGGUAUCCAUAAAAAAAUUGAAUUGAGAACAAUAAUAAUUUAGACCAGCGAUAAUUUUGAUAAUUCACCUCGUUUAGUGGGCAGCGGGAGGGCCGCAGCGGCCUCCUCCUCCUCCCCCAACACACACCUCUAGGCUGUCACCGUCAAGCACAAACCCUCCCGGCUGUGCCCCAGGCGGCGGGGAUAACUGUCCCCGACACCGUCGCUGCGUGAGCGCGAUCCGCCUCGUCCGUGAUCCAGCCUCCGGGCGCUACUUAUUACCUGGUUACCUUGCGUUAUGUGUGUUUUGUCAUCGAUAUUUGGUGAAGUCCGUUCAGUGAGUAAAUUCAUAUUAAAAUUGAUCAUUAGUUUCUUCUUGAAUAUUUCGAUUAUUAUUAAUUCUGUUGAUGGUCAGCUAAUUCACUUUCUUUGAGUUGUGCACAUCCACUCCCAAGUCACGGUCGUCUCCUCGGUUAUCGCCACGCGUGCACCGCAAGGCAGAUGCGAGCCCGCCGCGUGCAAUACCGCGCCGGGAGCAGCAGCAGGAACAGUGACGGACCGACGCGACGCUGGAACAGCGAACAGAAAAAGAUUGAAUUUUAAAAACGAUUAACACCAGUAAAACAUUAGUUUCCUCAACGACAGAGCCCCGUGCCUUUUACAUUCAGUGCGAUAAAAUUUCAAUUUCUCAAAUCACAUUUAAAUAGUCAAGUAUCUGAAUGAGUGACCGACUCGCCAGUUGCUGCCAGACGUCGGGAGAUUGCUGACACGCGGAGACAGUCAUCUAGUCCAGUAAACACAACAUGUAUCUCAUCUUCGGUGGGCGAGCAGACGCGGGGAGGGCGAGGAGGGAGGGGCGUGGGGAGUCUCCGGUCGCCAGAAGGUGGAACUUGGCUAUUAAAAGAAGAGAAAACCAAAAGCUUUUCCAUGCGUCCGUCCGUCUGCUCUGUCUGUCCGUCUGUCCGCCUGUCGGUGUCUCCCUCGUCGUCUUCAUGUUGCCCCGCGGCGGGUCGGGAGGUGGCGAUGGGAAACGAGUCCGUUCAGCCUUAUCGGCGUUACGUCUUUGCGGAAUUGUUUUGCCUUAUAUUCUUUAUUGAAUGUAAAGAAUAACAUUGGUUCUCAUUUAUUCGCAGCAGUGUCAGUCUGAAUACCUGUAUUUAUGUUUUUUCGGUUUAUAAUUAUUUUUUAUUUGUAUAAUUAGUGGAGAUCCCUAUAUUAAGGAUUUGUCAUACCAAUGGCCUUAUUAUACUCCUGUGUUAUUGGGACGCCAGUUUUUACUUUUAUGAUUUCAAGUGGAACUCGCAACCAAAAAUGGUUCCGACAAAGUAACUGAGACCCAACAAUCCUCCAUCGUGUCCAACCCACUCUGGAAAUUAAAAAACAAUGUGAUUUAAGCCACUAAAAAUAAUAGAAAGCCUUAGACGUUAAUUCAAGGCAGCUACCUAGUCAAGAAGACCCACUGAGCCCUGGCGGGGGGGGACCUGGGGCGCGGGGGGGGGGCGGGGGGAGUCAAGCCUCUCCUCUUCCUUCUCCUCUUCCUCCUCAUACUCCUACUGCCGCUGCGCCUCCCACUGCCUCACCGGGCGCCACUGGAGGCCUCCCUGUGUCCCUGGGAGGUGGAAAUAAAGGCAAGAUGACCUCAUAAAAGGUGGAGGCCCCCCGCCCCCCCGCUCCUCGGCAUCACCCCCCGAACCGGCCCCCCAGUGUGCCUCUUUUAACUUUCCUCUGUACAUAGCGUUGAGUGACGUUUUCCUAUUAUUAUUAUUAUUAUUAUUAUUAUUAUUAUUAUUAUUAUUAUUAUUAUUAUUAUUAUUAUUGUCAUUAUUAUUAUUAUUAUCAUUAUUAUCAUUAUUAUUAUUACUGUAUUUUUUGUAUUUUUACUAGAUUUUUUUUCUUUCGAUUUUCCAUGUUUUGGUGGUUGUAUAUAAAUUUUUUGUAGCGGGUUCUCGCGCGUCUCCUCAGAACAUUGCAGGAAGGACCCACUUACUGUACAGGUCUCAUGUGCACCACCGUAAGCUUAGUGUACAGGACAAAAUAUGUAAAUAUGAAUUAUUAUGUGAAUAAGAUUGAUAACCACGUUAAUUUGUAUAUUGACUGUUUUCUCGCCAUUUCUUACAUCACUGUUAACCCCUCUCAAAAACUAUUAUGGGUAAGAAUGUGGAAAAUAAAUAAGAUGAAAAAACAAGAGCGAGGGUGAACAUUCUCGGAACGUAUAAUAAAGAUAAAAAAAAAGGUUUGGGCGGCUCUCGCUCGGCGCCACAAACCGACCAUAACAUGGACGAAAAAAUGACCGGAAAAAAAACUACAACUAAAAAACAUUAUAUUCGCCCAUUGCCAAUUGUAAGGCGGCAUUUUUUUUUCUUUUUUUCGCUUACUGUUACAGGCCGAAAUUAGGUGGUCUUGUACAUGCUGUGGGCCGGAGGUAGAGAUUUUCAAUUGUACAAAGUGUAUUUUUAUUAGCAACUUAUCCCAUGAAAUACAAAGUGUUUGAUAAAA